GACUACCCCGUACGUGGAUAUGUGUCGGUAGUUACGAACUAUUUCUUGACGACAUUACACUUUUCAUCGAAAAAGCGAGAAGUCAAGAUGUUGAAGCGGAAAUUGUGGUCGAAGAAAACAACUCGCAUAAUUAUGCCAUCUUGUACCCGUUAUCACGGGAUGGUGGCGCUCAGAAGGCUGUUAA